UUUUUCAGAAAUUGGAAUGCCGGAAGUUAUUUCGUUGGGUAGCGAUUCAAGUAGUGAUGAUGAUUUUUACGACAAUUUUGACAAAAUAAAAUUAAAAGCCGCUCAUUGCCAGAAAAAACGUAGACACCCAGUUACAGCUUCUACAAAUAAAUUUACAAGAAAAAAUGCCCCUUCUGAUUCUAUCAUUUCAUGUAUUUAAUUUUGUUGGACCAAACUCCAAAAAUUUUUUAAUAAUAGUUAUAUUUAUAGGCGAAGAAAUUGUAUGUGUGGAAGACUUUGACUCUUCAACAAAUUUUUGCACUAACAAUUCUUCUAUUCCUGCAGUUAUUGAAAUAAAUUGUAAUUUUUUAACUUUUUAUUUUUUAAAUUUAAAUUUAGCUCCUUCUUGUUCAAAUUCCAUUGAAGUUAUCGAUCUUACACCUUUUGGCUCUUCAUUGACAAAUAAUUGUUCUAACAAAAAAUAUAAGGCUCAAAAAUCUAAAAAUAUAAUUCCUUCACCUAAAAGUACUUGUACAAUUACUAUUCAUUCUAAUGGUGGAAAACGAAUGUUUAUUCAAGACUUGGAUGAUCCAAUUAAAAAUUUAAUUGAAGACUAUGCUGAACGUGUAAAUGGUGAUCCAAAACGAAUUGUGUUAAUUACAAAACAAUUAAAACAAUGUGCUUUAGAGGACACUCCACGGACUUUGGGAAUUACUUCGGAUGAAAGUUUUGAAUUGGAUGCUUUUGAACAUAAAGACGUUGUUCCUUUAAAUUUAAUGGAAGAUGUAAAAACUAUUCGAAUUAAAUAUCAACAAAAAGGGAAAAGGCCGAUUGUUGCAAAAAUUUUGAAGACUGCCAAAUUUGCCCGACUUAAAGAAAUAUUUUGUCAAGAGAAUGGUCUUCCCUUGGAUAAAGUUCAAUUUAUUUUUGAUUCUGUUAGAGUUGGUGACAAUGAAACGGCAGAAACUCUUGAUUUGGAAGAUGAUGAUUGUAUUGAUGUUUAUGUUUUGGAAUGA